AUGGACUCUCCAGAGGCAAAGUUAGCUUCUUGGGUCGACCUUUCUACUACCUCAAAUCAAGGCCUCAGGGUCUUGAAAGGUUCAUAUUCGCUUAAUCCAAAUGAUUCGGGAAAUGUCAUGCGCAUAUCACAGAACAGAAUCCAAUUCAAUCAAAUUGAGGACUGCCUCCUCAGUACUCAGGUUGACAAUAUAGGCGAAAAUUCUAUGGCACUUCAAAGCGAUAUCUCUCCCCGAAUCCGACCCGGCAGACUCGUACUGUCCAUUCCUAAGCAGAUCUUCCAGAGGAUCCAAGAGUCAUGGAAUCUUCACUCGCGCACGAUCGAGAUCUUCUUGUCCAACAAUGGAGUCCUGACCACAUUCCACUCCUCCAGAAGAACCUCCCUUGUCAUGAAAGUAGCCAAUUCGCGCAGAACAGGCUUCGACUGCGUAUCCGUGACCUGCGAGCCAUCUCGUCGCACUACCUACGUCCUAUACCACCACCUCUUCGAUGAAGAUGCCGUCUUCACCACCCUGCUCUCGACGCCAGAACGAUGCAUCGACUCCCAUUUUUUCAUAGCUGCCCUCUAUAGGUCGCACCAUCAACAAAUCGAGGUUUACCGUAGCACCAUUGAUGAUACAAUCCUGGGGAUCGAGCGACAAACGGGCUUUGGAAACCCCGGGAGGCUGGAUCGAGGGCGUCGUCCCAGCAUGGACGAGUAUCCCGCCCUUGAUGAUCCAAAAAGAACGAUUCAACAGCUGGGAUACUGCCAAACGGACCUUGCAAUCAUUGGACACGUUGGGCGAUGCUGCUUAGAUUGCGGAGAAUGGCUUGUCCAGGCCAUUGACGGGAGGCUUCUGGAUGAGCAACCUUCACAUGACAAAGGGAAACAGAGCAGUAGUUCCAGUCCCCAGAAUCAGGAUACACAGUUCUCGGAGCGUCUAAAGGCUAUACGGCUGGUGGUUCGCCAAGACGUCGAAUAUAUGCGGAGACGGACUGUAAUGCUGCUGUCGCAGGUCCAGCAAAUGAGUGAUAGGACUCAGAGUCAGACCAGCUAUAUGCUGAGUGUUAUCACACAAAGCGAUGCCGAAUACACAGCCGCAAUAGCGAUCGACGGAAAGCGCGACAGCAUCGCCAUGAGAACAAUCUCCAUUCUCGGUAUUGUUUACCUGCCGGCUACGUUUGUGGCUACGUUGUUCAGCAUAAACAUGUUUACUUGGGGCGGUACUAGUGGCGAAGAAGCGUCUUCUCUGUCGGCAUCACCAAGUAUCUGGAUAUAUUGGGCAGUAGCGGUUCCAUUGACAGUUAUAACCAUCCUCGUGUGGGUUCUUUGGUCUAAGAGAGAAAACCAAAAGAGCAACAAGCGACUGAUGGUUUCUCACAUGAAGGCUCCUGAAGCCGAGAGCACGGCUACUAUGACACAUAUCGUGGACAUUGUUCCUAGUGAGAAGAUGGUAUAA